UUUUAUCAAGGCUCCGUCCGGGGUUCAUUUCAGUCGCAGAAUUUGUAUCGCUCAAGUAUGCUCUUCGAGUUCGAUCAAUAUCGGCUUCAUCUCAGAAUUUUUGUGACGCAAAAAACCCUUUACGGGUCAAUUUUUAAAAUGAGGUCCGUUACCUGAGUUCGAGAUUUUUUUUUUCAUUUUCGUGCAUUUUUAUUUUUUAUUUUCACCCCCCAUUUUAUUCAAUAUCCGAUUCUAUUUGUUCGCGAGUUUCUUCUUUUUCUUAACACCCCCCCCCCCCCUUAUUAUCAUGCGUAAGUCUGAUGUCAAAGUGUACGGUUAUUUGGUUUUGUUGAUCGCCUCCUGUUUACCAUCGGCUCGAGCCAAUAAUGAUCUCAAUUCGUACGUUCGAUUGCUCAACGGAUUCCCCAAUGUGACGUGUAAUUUUGAGUCUCCGUGCACAUGGACUUGGGCAGAACGAGCGUUGUCCAACAGCACCGCAUUGCAUUUUCACGAACACUUGAUCGGAUACAAUACCCCGUUGAUCGAUGCAGAUAACCGUUCAGAAGGUCACUUUUUGCUCAUUUUCGACACAAACGAAAGAAAUACAGAGUUCAAUUUAACCAGUAUAGAAAUUAAUCCAGCAUACUUCGAUAAAAAUGUCAACGAAAUCUGUACUCUAUCAUUUGCAAUGCACACCAACGCUGCACAUAUGGGAAAUAUCAGCAUACUAAUUCAAGAGGGUAACAGAACGAAAGUGAUAGCCAACCACAUAAAUACAGAAGAUGAGUUAUGGAAUUUUCGUAAAAUCAACUUGGGUCAUCCUGAAGAAAAAUUCAGAAUUAUUAUCGAAGUAGGAAGCAAUCGCUUGGUAAAAACUGAUAAAAAUAAAAAUUCACACGUUGCCAUAGAUAACAUUCAACUGGAACACUGCUUCCCAGAUGUGACAGAAGGAGAAUGUCCACCAGAUAAAAAAUUUCGUUGCAUGAAGGAAUCAGUUUGCAUACCUUUGAAUUUUGUUUGCGACAUAAAACGCGAUUGUUCAGACGCAGCGGAUGAAAAACAAAAUUGCGAUAAGGUUCCCGCUGGGACGAGAUGUACCUUUGAAAAUGGCUGGUGCGGUUGGCGUAAUACAACAGAUAAACACCAUACAUUAAGAUGGAAACUGAAUCGUGGUCCGACUAAAAAUAAACACACUGGUCCAACGCAUGAUAACACUUUUGCCAAUGAAAACGGUACGUACGCGUACGUAGAUAUGUCAUAUGGAACUUUGGGGUCGUUAGCUUUAAUGGAGAGUGUACCUAUUAAUCCACCUCCACCGGUACACGGUGAUUCUCAUUCGCCACAUUAUAAUUCCUGCUACGUCAGUUUCUUCUAUCAUAAAUUUGGUCCUCACAGCGGGUCUUUGGCGUUGUACCUUAGAGAAGAUAAAUACGACACUCCUCGUAGCAGUUUCCGUUUGUGGUGGAGCUAUGGUAAUAAAGGAGAUAAUUGGCUGAGACAGGUGGUCAUUCUGCCUAAUAUUACAGAAAGAUACACCCUGCAAUUUGAAGCAAGAAAAGCAAUGUCUUCCAGAGGAGAUGUAGCCAUCGAUGAUAUUUCAUUCAGUCCAAAAUGUUUUGGCAUCGGUAUACCGCAAAAAGAUCUCAAUGGAUAUGAUUAUUGGGAGUAUCCCAAAAAGAAUUCAGAAUCUAUUCAUCCGUCCUUCGCUAAUAAGCCAGUAUAUUCAUUCACAACUUGUGGUCAGUCCGGGUCACACGGUCCUACGAGCGAGAACUGUGAAAAAUCGUACAAAAAUACGACCUCCAAAGUCGAAGUCUUGGAUAGUCUCAGCAUGAAAGGGUUCCAAAAAUGGGUUGUACCAGAUGUUUCAUACUACACAAUUAUAGCUAAAGGUGCACGGGGAGGGAAAGGUGCGGAUGCAUUGGGUGAAUCAAGAGCUGCUAUGGUUCGAGCCGUCACUGAACUGUAUAAAGGACAAUCCAUUUAUUUUCUGAUCGGCCAAGAAGGUCACGAUGCUUGCAGAAAAUUGACUUUCGAUACGCCAUCGUGUAUAGUGGAUUUACAUCUUCGAACUACCUCAAAUUUCAAGAGUAUUCUCAGAGAUCAAAAACUUUACGACGGAGGGGGUGGAGGAGGAGGAGCCACAUACAUAUUCACGAUGGAAAAAGGUUCGGAAUUGGAACCAUUACUAGUUGCAGCAGGUGGAGGUGGACUUGCCCACGGUCCAUCGCGUGAUGUUGGAAUACAACACGGUAAAGGACUGAAUAUAACGUUACCAAACACAACAGCACCAUCGUUCGGAAAUUACCCAGCGGGUGCUGGAGGAGGAUGGAAGCCGGGAAAUUUUACUGUGUACAAUACAACUGGAUCAUCUUUACUUGAAGGCGGUGUAGGUGGUUUCUCUUGUUAUUUUAGUUCAGAUCAUUUAAAAGGUAUCGGUGGUUUUGGUGGUGGUGGUGGAGGUUGCGUUGCUGGAGGAGGUGGUGGUGGAUAUACAGGAGGUCGAGCUUGGAGUGAGAGUUCUGCUAACGGAGAAGGAGGCUCGUCAAUGGUAGCAGGAUAUGUCCAGUAUAAGGAUGUAAAAGGAGGUGCUCAUUACGGUCCUGGAAAUAUCAUCAUAAUUCCAGCAGUGUCAGGAUGUGGUUGUGAAUAUCGAUGUAUAGCUUUGGACGAAGCAAUGACUACUGUAAAAUGUAUUUGUCCUCCUGGAUGGCAUCUGAGCCAAGAUAAUCGUGCUUGUGUUUUUUCAAGCUUGAAAUCGCUGAAAAAAAUUAUGAUUUUUUCAGUAUUGAAUGCACCUGCAUUUGUUUCCAGUGAGAUGUGGAUAUUCCUUUGUGCUCUAGUUGUAGCCAGUCUAUUGCUGAUUACGUUUAGUAUAUUGAUGUAUAACAGAUACCUUCAACAACAAUCAGAACUGACUCAACGAAAAGUAUGCGGUUUAGGAGGUUUACAGCUAAACCAUUUAAAUCCUCCCGGACCAACCAGUGUCAGAUUAACAGAAUUUAAUCCAAAUUACGAAUUUGGUGGGGUAACUUAUACUAUCAGGGAUUUAAAAGAAAUCCCAAGAGAAAAAGUGCAACUAGUCAAACCAUUAGGGUGCGGAGCGUUUGGCGACGUUUAUCAAGGGCUUUUACGGAAUCGAGAUACCGAUUCUGUGGAUUUGGCAGUAGCUGUCAAAAUUUUACCAGCAUUAUCAUCAAAUCAAGCGGAAGCUGAUUUCUUGAUGGAAGCGUUAAUUAUGAGUAAAUUUAAUCAUCCCAACAUCGUGCAUUUCAUAGGAGCUUGUUUCGAUACGCAUCCGCGUUAUAUCAUCUUGGAGUUACUAGCUGGCGGUGAUUUGAAAAAUUUUCUAAGAGAAAAUCGUCCUAAAGCGGAUAAACCAUCAGCCUUGACUAUGAAAGAUCUGCUACAGUGUGCAAUUGAUGUUGCCAAAGGUUGCCAAUAUUUAGAAGAGUUGCGUUUCAUUCAUAGGGAUAUUGCAGCUCGAAAUUGUCUUCUGACAUCAAGAGGACCUGGACGUGUGGUUAAAAUCGCUGAUUUUGGCAUGUCCAGAGAUAUUUAUAGAUCUGAUUAUUAUAAAAAAGGUGGCAAAGCGAUGCUUCCUAUAAAAUGGAUGCCUCCAGAAGCGUUUUUGGAUGGUAUUUUUUCAUCAAAAACUGAUGUUUGGUCUUUCGGAGUAUUGCUAUGGGAAGUGAUGUCGUUAGGAUACAUGCCUUAUACUGGUAUUCGUAACCGAGAAGUGAUGAUGAGCGUAGCUCGCGGUGGUCGUCUUGGUCCACCAGCCAACUGUCCAGAUCCUGUGUAUGCUUUAAUGCUUAGCUGUUGGAAUCAUGAUCCAGAGCAGCGACCUACUUUUGGAAGCAUCGUAGAACGUUUAGGAUAUUGUAUUCAAGAUCCAAACGUUAUAAACAUGCAUCUACCUGUUUACAAAGGUCCUUUACCAUCGGAAUUGGAUAAAACUCUGAUGCGACCAUUAGAGUCAGAGGACGAGUAUUUACAAACCGAUUACAUGAUACCGAUAAUGCCAGAAACCCCAGCAGAAUGGAAAGAUGGCAGAUACGUAAUCGAAGACAGAUCAACAAUUCCUACGCCGAUGGACUUGACUAAUAACCAAGCAAACCAAUUACCAAACUCGAACAACUCAUCGACUCCUAACACGAAUUCGACAAACACUCCGACUCAGAAAAUCAUUUCGAAUACUCCUAACGCUAAAAUCAACGUAGGGAAUUCGUUAACGCCGAAAAACAAUCCCAACAAUACGCCCACUUUCAAAGGGAAUAGUAUAAAUACACCUACGCCGAAGUCGAAUAAUUUACAAAAUCAGACUCUUAGCAAUUCUAUAAACGAGGACAGUCCGAAAUUGGAUGAAAAUCGAAGCAAGCCUUUUAUUCUAAGCGGACAAUACGUAAAAGACCCACAAAUCAACUAACAAAGAUCGUUUAUUUCCGUUUAAAAAGUACCUACUCGUACUCGUACACUCGUAUUUUUACGUUAAAUGUUAAUGGUGCGUUGUAGUUUUUCAUUAGGCCUAAUGUUUUGCAAUUAUAUACGUUUGUUUACCAUUGUUUUCAUGUUCUUUAUCGAUAAGCCAUUGAACAUUCCAGAAAAAAAAAUCGCGUAUCGUGUACAGAUUUUUAAACGCUAUACCUGAUUAAGUGUAAUCUACGUACAGCAUUUAUACCAUAAGAUUAGGCUAUACAAUAAGCAUUACGAAAGUACUAAAAAAAUGAGUGAUUUUUGAAUUACCUACCUAUCGUUAUGUUUAUUACCUAUAUUUUUUUUUUAUUUGUUACAUCAUUUUAACGGUUUUAUAUUUUUUUCGUUAUUUUUGUGUUCUAUAUUUUCAUGUUUUACGAUCGUGCUUUUUGUUCUUAUAUACUAAGUACUAAUAUACCACUUACCGAGGUAUACUCAAUAGUAUUCGCUAAACCAAACCAGCCCGAAAUAUUGGCAUUACCGAACGUUGCAUAUGAAUAAGUAUCGCGAAUUUUUUCAUUUCAUACCCACCAAAAAAUGAUAUUCGUCGUACUUAUAUAAUAUCAACGCUAAAAUUUUUAAAUUUGUUAUUUUUUUAUCAGUAAAAUAGCUUAUAAAUUUAUAAGUCGAGUGAAAAUUUUUUUUCUAAAAUUUGAAAACAUUAAUUUUUGUAAUUUUAUUUUAUAUACAACGUGAAAAAAGCUAAAAAGCUGUAAAACUAUGCUCAAAUUGCUAUUUUAUGUAAAUGUUAUGUAAUAUUGAAAUUGUUGUGUUGUGAUUGAAGGUUGGUAAUAAAAUAUGAAAUAUA